AUGAUUUCCAUAUCGACACUUUUCCCGGCCUCGCUUCUUCUAGCGGGCGGCUUAGUGGCUGCCCAGACAGAGAACUUCGAAGCAGAGCUCUUCAAGCCGACAAGAUACAUUGUUGAAUUUUCCGAUGCUGGCUCGGCAAAGUUCAGGAAACGAGAUGGAGAGAGUGAUACGGAGGCUUUUAUUAGUAUACUCCAGGACGGGGGCGUAAAUGCGGAGCCAGCCAUUACCUUCAACUCUGAACUGUUCCAUGGAGCCUCAUUUGAGGUCACCAGUGCUACGGAGCAGGCUGUAGCUGACAUCCUGAACCUCCCUGAGGUAGGGAGACUGUGGCCGGCAGCAUAUAUGACACUUGAUGCCGAGUCCCAAGGUUUCCUCCAAGACUCAGAAUUCCUCGCUGCUUGGGAUCCUCAUAAAGAAACCAAUGUGUCCCAAGUUCACGCCCUGGGCCACAAGGGCGAAGGUGUCGUCGUCGGCAUCGUGGACACCGGCGCCGAUUACACCCACCCCGCUCUGGGGGGCGGCCUCGGCGCCGGCUUCAAGAUCGAUGGCGGUUGGGAUUUCAUAGGCGACUCGCCGGACGUCAUGGACUGCAAUGGCCAUGGAACCCACGUCGCUGGUAUCAUUGGUGCCGAUGAUAAGUACGUUCAGGGCGUUGCGCCCAAGGCUACACUCCGACCAUACAAAGUCUUUGAUUGCUCGGGCGGUGCAACCGAGGAUACUGCCAUGGCGGCAUUUAUACGGGCGUAUGAGGAGGGUGCAGAUGUAAUCAAUGGCUCCUUGGGAGCAGACCGCGGAUUUCCAGACGGGGCAAUUGCUCUCUUGCUUUCAAGGAUCCAAGAGCAAGGCGUUCUCAUCGUUGUCGCGGCAGGGAACUCGGGUGCGCAAGGGCCUUUUUACACUACGAACCUAGGAAACAACUUUGGCGGACUCACCAUUGGCAGUAUUGAACAUGAAACUCUGAUUGCGCAUCUGAUCUACACUCUAUGUCACAAUGAACUGACGUGGUUCUUCUGUAAGGCCUAUACCAGCAAUGAUGGUCGACCAUUCAACAGGACCGGAAACGUCACUGCCUCAUGGCUGGCCGCGGAUACACGGACAUUUAACCCUUGCCUUCAAUGGACAGCACCAUCCCCAAUUCCAAACGACAACCUCAUCGUUUUACCACGCAACACUCUUUGCAGCUGGCAGAGCCAUGAUAACAUCCUCAACAACAGAGCCGACUGGGCAUUCUGGUACAAUCUCAAGGGUGCUGAGUACGAAGUUCCUAGCCGCCUGAUAUAUGAUCCCUCAGUCCAGCCUGUAGGCACGGCCUUGAUUAGUUACGAGGAUGGCGACUGGUUAGUCAGCCAACACGAGAACGGCUACGAUGUCACCUACAGUUUCGACCCUGAUAGCUCUCCGGUGGCUGCUGAGAGACCAAGCUGGGCAGGUGGUAGACUCGAUAAUUGGAGUUCAUGGGGUCCUACCAUCGAUGGGCGAAUGAAGCCCGAGGUUGUUACGCCAGGCGGUACGAUCUACAACACUGCUGCGGGCGGCGGCUGGGUCACGUAUUCUGGAACCAGCAUGGCUUCUCCAUAUGCUGCUGGCCUCGGUGCUCUCGUCCUUGGUGUGCACGGCACUCGCGCGGAGAGAUCUGACGCAGCUGCUUCCGCUCGUCGCCGAAUAAUCGCCAGCACUAGAUCAAUCAAAAACCCAGACGGGUCUGGUGCACCCGCUUCGGUUGGCCAGCAGGGCGCGGGCCUGGUUGAUGGAGUCAAGGCAGUGCUCUAUUCGACGACUGUCAACCCGUCAUACAUCCAACUCAACGAUACGGAUAAUUUCAAGUCUACCCAUGAGAUACAGAUUACCAACAAUGGAGACGAGCAGGUAACAUAUAAACUAAGCCACAGCACUGAGCCGACAUAUUUCCCCCGAAACGCUGAAACUGGCAUUUUCAUCCUAUCGCCGCCCCAUUCCACUGAAAGUGGCGACCUGGCCAGUGUCGAGCUCUCAGUUGAGGAGGUUACCAUUGCCGCUGGUGAGACUGUAAGCGUUGAAGUUCAAUUUACUGAGCCUUCCACAAGUGACAACAGCACGUUUCCCAUAUAUGGAGGUGCCAUUGUUGUAUCCGGAAACAAUGACGAGACCGUCCGCGUAUCUUACUUGGGUCUCAAAGGUUCCAUCAACAACUUUCCUCACUUUGGCGGUACUAACCCAACUUUUCUGGAUCCUGACGGCCAGGCCAUGACAGAAGGAAUUAUCUACUCUUUCAAUGAUCAAAACGUCCCUUACCUGCCAUUUCUCAUCGCAUGGUCAACAAAGGAGUUCAGUUUUGAUUUUGUCGGCAAGGACUGGUCACCCGAGGACUGGACCUGGCCACUUGUCCCUGGAGAGAAGAACUUCUUUGGCAGCUUCCGGACUGUUGGUGACGGGAAUGACUUCGUGGUCGCUGACUUCCCCGUCGUGAACUUCCCACGGAUAAGUAGACAAUUCCACGCCAGGCCGACUGGUACAUUCUCAUGGGGCGGGGAGCUGGUGGAUGGCGAGUAUAGAUAUCUCAGAAGGUCGUUGAAGACUUUUGGGGACCCGAACAAGAUCGAGAAUUGGCAGUGGGAUCUGUCGCCGUGGUUUGGCGUGCAGCGCGGCGCUUAA